UGAGUGAGGAGUGCAUUGAAUGCAUUGAAUGGGCGGUCGUGUUGUGGAGUCUACUUAUGACAGACUCUAUGCCAGAGUGUGUGCAACGGUUGCCAACAGAACGUCACACAGAAUGCAGUGUUUUGUGUGAAAUGUUUGUCAACAAAGUGUCCGAUAAAGCGAUGAUUGAGUCAUGACUUCUACGCUAAUCAUUACUCAUGUGUUGGAUCUGCUCUUCACUAUCACAACAACAACAACACAACACAUCAGUACUCAUCGCCAACACUGACACCACACGAGACAAUGCUUCCAGGAAUCGGUGUCUUCGGUGGCGGACAACUGGUCCGCGUUCUGGUGGCGUGUCUUCGCGCUAAGGGUUUCAAAGUGGAGGCCAUUUGGUCUCAUAGUCUGGCUUGCGGUAUAGGAAAGCACGUGUUGUGCGACUGUCCGCCCGCUCUGUCUUUGCCGCAGAUGUUGGCUAUGAAGAGGGCGGCACUCAAUUACCCCACUCUUAUUACUAUACUCUUCAAUACAUUGAGAUUUUUGCCCUCUUUUAUCAAAAUGAAGAAAUUAAUUGCCGACGGAUUUGUCGGACAAAUAAAUGUUAUCAAUUGUAAUGUCUUCGGCGACUCUCUUCAGGCGCAAGAGAUGGCCCGCGAGCUGGACAUCAAACUGGCCACAGAUGUGAUCGAUAAGGUGUUGUUGGAGCCGUCGGUUCAGCUCAUAGUGAUCGCGUGUCCGCCACAUCUUCACGAACAGAUCGCCACUAAGGCCUGCGGUAUAGGAAAGCACGUGUUGUGCGACUGUCCGCCCGCUCUAUCUUUGCCGCAGAUGUUGGCCAUGAAGAGGGCGGCACUCAAUUACCCCACUCUUAUUACUAUACUCUUCAAUACAUUGAGAUUUUUGCCCUCUUUUAUCAAAAUGAAGAAAUUAAUUGCCGACGGAUUUGUCGGCCAAAUAAAUGUUAUCAAUUGUAAUGUCUUCGGCGACUCUCUUCAGGGUUUGGACAACUAUUCAAUUGUUUGCGACGAUCUAAUGGGCGGCGGAUUGUUAUCAACGGUCGGAACCCAUAUAAUAGAUAUCAUUUCAUUUGUUACGGGCCUCAGAGCUAAACGAGUGAACGGAUGCGUUCGUAACUACCAUCAGAUCAAAGAUAAUGUGUUUGGCUUAAGAAGAAUAACUUCUGAUGAUUUUGUGACAUUUCAGAUGGAAAUGAGAAACAGUUUAAGUAUAGCUAAUGUGACACUAAAUGCUCAUUAUUUCGGGACAUCUAUUCACGAAAUACUGAUCUGCGGAUCGAAGGGAUACCUCGUGUGCCGUUCCGGCGAUCUCUACGGCCGACCCCUCACCUCAACUAAAGAGGAAAUCCUUUGCUCUGAUAGCGAAGACAUGAGUGAAAACAACCACACAUUAAGUGCCAAAAAUAUUUUGCCAAAACCUUAUGGAAGUGGUCUCUUGAGAAUGCUAUCGGCGCUGAAAAACGCGUUUCAGUGUUCGCCCGACUCUGAAGUGAUUAAUGGAGACAAUGGUCUCCGAAAUGAGGAGAAGAUCUUUCAUUGGGCUAAAGAGGCGGUCAGUUUGGCCGCCAAUUUCGAGGACGGACUCUAUAUUCAACAGGUUAUCGAAGCGAUUAAGUACUCCUCAAAGAAUAGUGAAUGGAUUCGCAUUAAAUCAGAUUUAAACUGAUUAUUCGCGCCUUAAUUACAAUUAACUUAUAAAUUAUAAUAGUAUAAGAAUUUGUAAUAAUUGUUAUUUAUAGAAACGGAUCUGUUUUUUGUUUGGUUUUGCAUUAAUUUCUCUGAAUAACGUCUAGUCAUAUGUUUGUUUGUAUAAUAAGCCACUAAUUAUGGCAUUUAUGUAAUUAUCAUAACUAUUCACGACUCAUGUUCUCCUCUGACAUGCAAUUCGUGGAGUUUUGUUGAUGUGAUUAUUGAAGUUAUUCCUCACGAGCUUUGCUUAACAUUAGCCAUAAAUUAUUAUUUCCAUUAACUUUCUAUAACACUAACAACAAUACGAUAUUUAAUAAUUUAUUGGAUUUUACGGUAAAAACAAAUUUGCAUUACUUUUAAUUGCGGUUUAGAAUUUCAAAUUGAAAAACAAAUCAUGGAUUUGUGUCAAAACUAAUGAAAACUGAUAGAAAACUAGUUUUCAGUUCACGUUAUGCACACGCAAUGCCUUUAAAUAUCUCAUAUUUCAUAAACCAUUUUUGGAUAUUUUUAAACUAAUUCUUGUAUAUAUUUUAGAGAGGAAUUUGUUAAACAAAUUGGAAAUAAUGUAUGAAAUAAAAUUGUUUUGUUUCUAAGAUAUUUUUAGAGCCUUUUAUGAGAUAUAUUUACGCCUAAUAUAAAAGCACAGGAUUUCCUUAAAAAUUUAUAUUUUGAGAUAAAAAUUAUUUCCAUUUGUAUAAUAAAAGGGGUCUAAAGAAAAUAGACAUAAAAUUUCGCACAAAAUUUCAUCUCCGGUUAACUUCACAGCAAAAGUAUUUUUUAAGCGCAAAAUAUUUAAUCAAUUUUCAUGUUUUUAUUUUUGAUUGAAAUGUCAAUCACUGUUUUAAAACUACUUAUCCACUGAUAAUACUAAUGCAUUUUUGGCAUAAUUUUAAAGAGUUAUCUUUAAAUGUCUGAAAGUUUUGAGGGCUUUUUCCUCUCAAAUGACAUAUCCUUUGCUUAUUUAAGUCAAAAUCCGAACAAAUAUUUAGUUUCUAUUAGUUUUUAAAUUACUGCCAAUUAAUUGAAGGCCGGUUUGCAGUCAUUGCUAUAUCCAUGCAUUUUAUGGACCAGAAAUAUGGUUAAGAGAAAUGUGUAUAAGAAUUGGCUGUUUGUAUGAUAUAAUGGAUUCAUAGCUGAGAAGUCAUGACAACUCAUGAUUGCUUUGAGCACUUCCUGCAGAAGCAAACACUUUAUAUUCUUGAUGUUCAGCAGUAAUUGGAAUUCAAUUAUAUAUUUAUGUUUUGAUUUAUAUAUUUUUCUUUGUGCCAUAUUUUGUGUUCACUUUAUUAUGUCAUGAAAUCAUUGUUUGGAUAAAAUAAAUGAAUAAAUAAACGCUUACACACUUAGAGA